CUUCUUUUAAUUUCUCUUUAUUUCUUUCAUGUCUGUUCAUCUUCGACAAAGGCGACACGAGUCUGAUGGGGCUUCAGAGAGGCUUAUAGACGUUGACUUUGAUGACUCUAAAAAAUAUGGCAAGGAUUUUGUACCUUUGCAACGUUCUCUGACUGGUCACCGUAUUGCUUUAUCCAUACUUACUUUGGUAGCUACUUUUGUUACUUUCUAUAAGAUUUGGAGUCCUGCAGAAGUUGUAUUUGAUGAAGUUCAUUUUGGUAAAUUUGCUGGUUAUUACUUGCAGAGAACCUAUUAUUUUGACGUUCAUCCUCCUUUGGCUAAGCUCAUGAUUGCAGGUGCAGGCUACCUCUUGGGUUUUGAUGGUCAUUAUGACUUUGCUAAUAUUGGUGAUAGUUAUGUGGAUCACCAAGUGCCUUAUAUUGGAUUACGUGCCUUGCCUGCUACACUCAAUGUCUUUUGUGCCAUGUUGAUUUAUGGUAUCAUGCAAGAAUCUGGUUAUGCACUUCCUAUCUGUGUCUUGAGUACUGCCAUGUACGUGUUUGAUAAUGCCAUGGUCACUCAGAACAGAUUGAUCUUGUUGGACAGUAUGUUGUUGGUCUUUAUGUUGGCUACUGUGUAUAGUUACAUCCGAUUCCGUAAAUUGAGACACAUGUCAUUUUCUGCUGCAUGGUGGACAUGGCUUCUUUGUACAGGUAUCUUCAUGGCCUUGACAUUUAGUGUCAAAAUGGUAGGUCUUUUCUUAGUGGCCUUGAUUGGUCUUUCUGUGAUUUAUGAUUUGUGGCAUCUGUUGGAUAUUCGUUGUGGAUUGUCUAUGGAUCAAGUCCUGAAGCACGUUUAUGCUCGUGCUGUUGCUCUUAUUAUCUUGCCUAUCACUAUCUAUCUGUUCUGGUUCUAUGUUCAUUUUGCUAUUUUGAAUGAAUCUGGUCCUGGUGAUAGUUUCAUGUCAACGCGUUUCCAAGAUACGUUGAAGAACAGUCCCUUAAAAAUGGCUGCUUUAGGCAAACAACUAGACAUUCAUUAUGGUGAUGAAAUUACCAUGAAGCACAAAGACACCAAUGCCUAUCUUCACUCACACGACCUUCAUUACCCUCUUCGUUAUGAAGAUGGUCGUGUCAGCAGUAAAGGUCAACAAGUGACGGGUGUGAUGGAAUCCAACGACAACUGUUUCUGGCGAAUUAAACCUACAGAGGACCACCAAGACCCCACACGUCCUGUCAAAAAUGGCGAUAUUGUUCAAUUGGAACAUGUUGUCACUGGUACCAACUUAUUGACACACGAUGUCGCUUCACCUUGGAUGCCUACAAAUGAAGAAAUCACGACAGUUCCUCUUGAGAGCCGUUAUGAAGAAACCCUGUUUAAGAUCGUAUUUGAUGACGAAGAGGACAAUAGUGUAUUAGAGACUCAUAUGACACCUUUCCGUUUGAUUCAUGAAGAUACGAAAGUAGCUGUUUGGGUGCACAACAAGAAAUUACCUGAAUGGGGUCUUGGUCAUCUCGAAGUCAAUGGUAACAAGAACGCAGUCGACAAGACCAAUUACUGGGUUGCUCAAGAAAUCAAGGGCAAGAAUGCCACCGAGCUCAAUGCCCAUAAACAAGAAAAGGAAUUGGGACAUAUGCCCUUUAUCAAGAAGUUCUUUGAAUUGCAGUCUCGCAUGAUCAGCCAUAAUGCAGGUCUUACUAAACCUCAUCCUUAUCAAUCUGGACCUAUUACAUGGCCCUUUAUGAUCCGCGGUGUGUCUUACUGGUCUAAUGAAGAGACACGAUCUCAAAUUUACUUGACAGGUAAUGUGUUUGGUUGGAAUUUGUCUGUGGGUAGUAUUGCUGUAUUUGUUGGUAUUGUGUUAGCCGAUGUCUUGGCUCGUCGUCGUGGUAUUGAGCCUAUUGAAGAGCCUGUUCGUCACCGUAUGAUUCAGUCUGCCGGUUUCUUUUUCGUUGCUUGGGCCUUGCAUUAUUUCCCCUUCUUUUUGAUGGGAAGAUCCCUUUUCCUUCAUCACUACUUGCCUGCUGCUACUCUGAACUAUUUGUUAGUGGGUGCCAUAUUUCAAUUCAUCUAUGUAGACGGUAUUGAUUCACCUGUGUCUUUCUUGGGCCGUCAAUUAAGAUCUACACGUCGAACAAGCAUGAAAGCAGAAGUCAGUUGGAAAACAUAUGCAGCUGUGGGUGCUACCAUUUUACUUCAAUUUGGCAUGUUUAUGUUUUUGGCUCCUUUGACGUAUGGUACUCCAUUGACUUUGGAACAAGUAAGAAGUCAUCAAUUAUUAGAUGGCUGGAAACUUCAAUAUGCCAAAUAAAUCCCCUACCCCCUUUAUGGAUACCUUUCAAUAAAAGAGAUUAAAAACCGUCACUCGUUA